UCAGUAAUAAUUCAGUAAGGCGCGUGACUGCGCACAUGAAAGACGUGCUCGCUACGUUCGGACGGAAAAUAAUCUUAUUAUCCGACGCGAUCGUGAAUUUUGCGAAGUUUAAAUUUUUAACGAAAGCGUGCUUUAGCUUUCUUUUUUAUUUUAAAUUUUGUGUGUUAGUGAUACCUGGAAUAUAAAAAAUUGGAUUGUGGUAUAUCUAUUGAAACGUCUUACCACCAAAUGAAACGCACAGACAACAAUAUUAACGGACAGACUGUGAAUCAGAACAAUAACAACGAUAUAAAAAGGUGAUGAACAAAGUGUGAAUAAGUGUGUUUUUGUGUGCGAUUCUGUCGAGUCGCGUGUGAUUGUCGUAUCGGUGGUGUGGUGUCGUGUCGUGUCGUGAUAGGUGUAUCGGCGCGUCGCCAAUGCGCCGGCGGCGGUUGCAGGAUGUCGCCGGCGCGUGCGCUGCUGGCGGCCCUGCUUAUAUUUCAACUGCUGUCGUACGGUGGCCACCAAGGACUCACCAAGAUAUUUUGCACGUUACCUGACACCGGGCAGCCACCAGUGCUCAUAUCGCUAGCAGACAACGCCAAAUUGGAAUUGAGGCAUCCAGACGAACUAUUGUUCGUCAACGACUCUGAGGAACACAAUGAUACCAAGAUAUUCUCCAUCAUUGACGGCGAUGCCGUUGAAGAUGACGCAGAUAAACCAUCGGAAGACGUGGAGAAGGAAAGCACAGAACCACGGCUCGUCGUCAAAGCCAAGCCAGUUCAUGAGAUCAGACAAGUUGAGGAACCAUUUCAGGCACCUCUAGUAGACACAGAAGCUGCCACAGAAUCUCAAACAGAGGAACCAAGAGAACAAGAAUUAGAAAACAUUCCAGUUAAACCAGAGACGCCCCAAGAGGAUAUUCCAUCGUUUUCAGAGUGGGCACAAAAACAGCUGGCCGAAGCCGAGAAAAAAGACACAGUACUGAACCACUCGAGUCAACCUAGUCAUAGUAAUACGAAUUUUAGUAGUAAAAGCACUAAAUUGCGAUCGAAGAACUACGCUUCGCUCGCGUGCGGCGCCAAGAUCGUCGCCGUCAAUCCCGAGGCCGGCUCGGCCAGCUCCAUCCUCUCGCCCAACAGGGACGAGUACAUGCUCAACACGUGCAACAGCCGCAUUUGGUUCGUCGUGGAGCUCUGCGAGGCUGUUCAAGCGCAGAAGAUUGAAAUAGCUAACUUUGAGCUAUUCUCAUCAACUCCCAAAGAAUUCACUGUUUAUUUCAGUGACCGGUUCCCUACCCGGGACUGGGCUAGCGUCGGCCAGUUCACGGCGCAAGAUAUGAGAGACGUACAAAGUUUUGAUCUGUACCCGCAUUUAUUUGGAAAAUUUAUAAAAGUCGAAAUGCUCUCGCAUCACGGCUCUGAGCACUACUGCCCCAUAUCUCUGUUCAAAGUUUACGGCACUUCAGAAUUCGAAGUUUUAGAAAAAGAGAAUUCGCAGCAUCCCGCUCACAUUGAUGAGGAUGAAGAUGAUGAAAUAAUAGACGUGCCAGACAUACCCGCUGCCGAAACAGAACCAUCCAAGAACUUGUUCGGCUCAGCGAGAGACGCCGUGAUGUCUAUCAUGAAGAAAGCGGCACAAGCUCUAGUGAAAACUGAAGUUCCUAAAAAUGUGUCCUCAGAACACAACGAUACGUCAACAGACAAAACGUACAAACGGUGUUGUUCGCCCAGCCAUAUAAUCGUGUGUGAUAAUUGCAGUGAGACGCUUUACAGUGAAGUGUACGAACUGAUUAGCUGUAGCUCAGACAAGUUAGUGAGUUUAGUGCGUCAGGUGUUCCUCCGCGAGACUUUGAAGUGUACUGGCAUCUGUCAGCCGUACGGACUAGAUUUUAAAAGUACAAAGACAAUAGAGUUUAGUGAUGAACGUGUCGCUUAUAUAAAUGCUUUAUUCCCUCAGAAAUAUUUAGCCGCCCUUUGUAAUAUUUUAGCUAUUAAAGAAAAGAAAGUUGUUUUGAACACCAGUUUUGAAACGGAACUGAAUGUUACCACGAAUAUAACUGUUGAUGAGUCGCCACAGACUGUAAAUAGUGAAACCAAUUCCGCACUGGACAUAAAAUUAAUUCCAGAUAAACAGACAAUUUCUGAAGACGAUAAAACCAACGAAACAUCGCCAUCAGAAGAGAAAACAUUCACAGAGGCAGUGACGGAAGGUACGACCGGAACCGUGGAGAUGCCGAAAGAACAACACGAAACAAUUGAUGAAAAGAUUGAAGAGACUCCUUCAGUUGAAGAGAAACCAGUGCCAGAGAUACCAGAGGCGUUACCAGAAGUCGAUAAGAGUACUGAAGCCGUAGCUGAUGAAAACAAAGAUGUCGUUCAAAAGAGUGAACCGAAAAAUGGCAAAGUCGAAGUCUCCAUUGAAAAGCCGAAAGAAAACAAUGUUGUUGAAGAAGUAACUGAUUCGAUUAUCAUCGACAAUGAGAACUUUAUGUCGGACUUCGACCAGAUGGCGGUGGACCCAACUCCGGCCGGAGUACCAACAUCACAGAACCAGAAUCAGGGCCAGGCGACGCUGCAGAAGGAAUCUGUCUUUCUGAGGCUUUCCAAUAGAGUGAAGACGCUGGAGCGCAACAUGUCUCUAUCGGGUCAAUACCUGGAAGAGCUGAGCCGGCGUUACAAGAAGCAAGUGGAAGAAAUGCAGAAGACCUUCGAGAAAACCGUACAGCAGAUGACAGAGGAACGACGAAAGAGCAACGAGCGGGAACAGAAGUACCUCGAACAGAUGACUAGCCUCCAGGAGCAACUAGGACAAGUGGCCGCAGCCAUGCACAUUCUCAUGGAGGAGCGAGACAGCUGGUUUGGCAACAUCAAUUUCUUUAAAUUCAUCGUGUUCCAGUCUAUCAUUUUUGCCAUAGCCUUUUAUUUAUUCUCCAGAAGACGGAAACCUGAACCGGUUCUUGUACCAAUAGUAAAAAAGACCAAAAAGAAACAAGACAAGUUUAGAAGAAAAUCUGUUGAAGGCGUCAGUGGACAUGAGACUCCUUCAGCAAAGAAACGACGGCCCAGUGAGGAAGCUUUACAGAUAGCGAGACAGUCCACUGGGGAAACCAGCAGAGAAGAAGAUGAUGGUGAGUGGCAAGUGGCUCGCAAGAACAGAAGAAGAAAAACAUCAAUUGUGCACAGGGCUGGGGAGACAGAGCUCAAAGAAUGGACGCGACCUGACAGCAUUGGGAAGCUUCAAGAUAAUCCUAUACCAUUAGACGAGGAGGAGUUCUUCGCCCCAGUAUCUGAACCAAAAGAGUUCAGUGAAAGUGAAGUAUCCAAUCCUCCAAAACAGAACCUACCUAAGACAAAUGGUUCGUUUUUCAACAACUUAAAGACUAAGACGAUGAAAACGCGUCGGCUGUCGUCACCGGCAUUCUUGAGGACCCUGAGUAGGCAGAGUAGCCGGAGCACGCCCAGCCCUGUCGUGAGGACAUUGGAGCCCGUGUACAAUGGCAACCUGAACAAGAAAGCGGCCUCCGAGUCCCCGACCGGUAGUCUCUGGUCAGAAUCCACAGAAAUAUCUCAGAACGGACAACAAGAAAACGAAAGCAGUGGGAAAAAGAAGAAAAGCCUUAAGAACAUUCUGAAGAAAGUGUUUUGAGGGACAAUUUGACAAUUUAUUUGUAAUUUAACAGUGUCGUGUAUUCCGCUUAAAGUAUUAAGCGUGUCGCUAUUGUAAUUUAUUUCAUUGCGAAUAUUAAUGUUUAAAUUAUUGUAUAUUUGUUGUUAGUAGACCUCAUAGGUGCCAAUUGUGAUAAAUUAGGGAGCCUAAUUGUUAGCGUGUUAAAUUAUAAUUUUAUGCGAUGAUGCCUGCUUGUGGAUGAGUUGAAUGGCGACAAUAAUGAGAAAUUGGUAAGACGAGUGCUAGUCUCGAGUGGGGAGCGAUCGGUAAACAAAGAAACGGCAUUAAAUGCAUUACUUUUAUUCUCUGGUUUCAUUUCUUAACAAACUUACAUUACAAUAUACAAAU